AUGGAUAGAGUCAAUUUGGGAAGACUGGUGGACAAUUCAAUAGGCAACUUUGUCAACGAGAAAAGCACAAAUGUGGAUAUUAGAAACUUGGAGGUACAGAUUGGUCAAAUAGCCCAACAGUUAAAGGAGAUGCCUUUUAAAGACUUUGGGGCUAAUACUAAGAUUCCAGAAUACGCAAAGUUUUUAAAGAAGCUCCUCAAGAAAAAGAAAAAUCUAAAAGAGGGCACAACUGAGAUUCAGGGGGAUUGCAGUGUGAUCUUGCAGAAAGCACCUCCUCCUAAGGUGGCAAACCCAGGAAGUUUCACUAUUCCAUGCACCAUUGGAAACCAUAAAAUAGGGAAAGCCUUAAUUGAUUUGGGGUCCAACAUCAAUCUUAUGCCUUUGACUGUUCUCANAAAGAUUGGUGACUUAGAAGUUAAGCUGGCAAAAAUGUCUCUNCUCGUGGCAAACGGAUGCCCCAAAAGACCCUAUGCUGUAAUAGAAGAUAUGAUGGUGCAAAUCAACAACUUGAGAUUCCUAGUGGACUUUGUGGUGUUAGAGAUGGAGGAAAAUGCGGAGAUCCCUAUUAUUCUUGGAAGGNCGUUCAUGAAGACANCCAAAGUAAUCAUCAAUGUUGAUAAGGGUACCAUAGCCCUCAUGGACUAA